GGGAGGGCAGGCAGAGGAUUUCGCUCGCCCGCGCGAGAUCCGGGACGCGCCGGUGGCGUCCGCCGGCAGCAGAGACUGUCAGUUUCGGAUCCAAGGACGGCGAUGGCAGAGCUCACCCGGGUUGCCUGUCAAAUCAAGGCUAUCGCAGAAUAAAUCCCGCCGCCUGACGCGAAGCCCCGGCGCACCGCAAACUUCAGUGAGCAAACUGGGUGAUCGCUGUUGGGAUAUGCAGAUCCCUGAUGUAAAAGGCGGGGUGGCCCCCCUGAGAGCCUCUCCCGGGGGCCGGAGCCCGCAGGUGCAGUGAGGCGCGCGCGCCCCCAGAGCCGCCUUGCCCGGGGAGAGGGAGCCCGGCGCCCAGCGGGGUCUGGCGGCCGCACACCGGCGGCGGCGGCUUGUCUGCGGCGGCUGCAGCGGAUGAUGGUGGCGGCCGGCCCGCUGGGCUGUGCCUGUGUGUCGCCGCGGAAAUCAGCGCCCAGCGCCGCGCGCUGAGCCCCUGCAGGUCCGCCGCAGCCCCAGCCUCGGCGAGGACGGCCCCCGCGCGCGGGGGGGCCGGGGGCGCGCGGGGUCGGCUUAUCAUGGCGGAUCGGACGGCGCCCCGCUGCCAGCUCCGGCUGGAGUGGGUGUACGGGUACCGGGGUCACCAGUGCCGCAACAACCUGUACUACACGGCAGGCAAGGAGGUGGUCUACUUUGUGGCUGGGGUCGGGGUGGUUUACAACACCCGCGAGCACAGCCAAAAAUUCUUCCUGGGACACAACGACGACAUUAUCAGCCUUGCCUUACACCCAGACAGAACUCUCGUUGCAACUGGCCAAGUCGGGAAGGAGCCAUAUAUAUGCAUAUGGGAUUCCUAUAAUGUCCAAACUGUGUCUAUUCUUAAAGAUGUCCAUACACAUGGAGUUGCCUGCCUGGCUUUUGACUCAGAUGGACAGCGUUUAGCCUCUGUGGGGUUGGAUGCCAAAAACACAGUCUGCAUUUGGGACUGGAGGAAGGGAAAACUUCUGGCCUCAGCCACCGGCCAUUCUGACAGGAUUUUUGAUAUUUCCUGGGAUCCGUAUCAGCCAAACAGAGUGGUUAGCUGUGGAGUAAAACAUAUAAAGUUUUGGACACUGUGUGGAAAUGCCCUGACUGCAAAAAGAGGGAUAUUUGGCAAAACAGGGGAUCUUCAGACCAUCCUUUGCCUUGCAUGUGCCAAAGAAGACAUCACCUACUCUGGUGCUUUAAAUGGUGACAUCUAUGUCUGGAAAGGGCUCAAUUUAGUCCGCACCAUUCAAGGAGCACAUAGCGCUGGAAUCUUUAGCAUGUAUGCUUGUGAAGAAGGCUUUGCCACUGGUGGGCGAGAUGGGUGUAUACGACUAUGGGACACUGAUUUCAAACCAAUAACCAAAAUUGAUCUCAGGGAGACAGAACAAGGAUAUAAAGGCCUCUCUAUCCGGAGCGUGUGCUGGAAAGCAGACCGCCUUCUAGCAGGGACCCAGGACAGUGAGAUAUUUGAAGUGAUUGUGCGAGAGCGAGACAAGCCGAUGUUGAUCCUGCAGGGCCACUGCGAGGGUGAGCUCUGGGCUCUGGCCCUGCACCCCAAGAAGCCUCUGGCUGUGACAGGCAGUGAUGACCGCUCUGUGAGGCUGUGGAGCCUGGCUGAUCAUGCCUUGAUCGCCCGCUGUAACAUGGAAGAGGCGGUUCGCAGUGUAGCUUUCAGCCCCGAUGGAUCUCAGCUGGCCCUGGGCAUGAAGGACGGCUCUUUCAUUGUUCUCCGAGUCAGAGAUAUGACAGAAGUAGUUCACAUCAAAGAUCGAAAAGAAGUCAUUCAUGAAAUGAAAUUUUCUCCAGAUGGUUCUUACCUUGCAGUGGGAUCCAAUGAUGGCCCAGUAGAUGUCUAUGCUGUUGCCCAGAGGUAUAAGAAAAUUGGAGAAUGCAGCAAGUCCCUUAGUUUCAUCACACACAUUGACUGGUCCUUGGAUAGUAAAUACUUACAAACUAAUGACGGUGCGGGAGAACGAUUGUUCUACAAAAUGCCAUCUGGGAAGCCUUUAACAAGUAAAGAAGAAAUUAAAGGGAUUCCUUGGGCCUCCUGGACAUGCGUGAAAGGCCCUGAAGUGAGUGGAAUUUGGCCCAAAUACACUGAGGUUACUGACAUCAACUCAGUGGAUGCGAAUUACAACAGCUCAGUGCUGGUGUCUGGAGAUGAUUUUGGACUGGUUAAAUUGUUUAAAUUUCCUUGUCUCAAGAGAGGAGCCAAAUUUAGAAAGUAUGUGGGCCAUUCUGCACAUGUCACAAACGUCCGCUGGUCCCAUGACUUUCAGUGGGUGUUGAGCACAGGAGGGGCUGAUCACUCAGUUUUCCAGUGGAGGUUUAUUCCAGAAGGUGUCAGCAAUGGCAUGCUGGAAACUGCACCUCAAGAAGGUGGAGCUGAUUCCUACAGUGAAGAAUCUGAUUCAGAUUUAUCUGAUGUGCCCGAAUUGGACUCUGAUAUUGAGCAAGAAACUCAAAUCAAUUAUGAUCGCCAGGUUUACAAAGAAGAUCUACCUCAGCUAAAGCAACAAAGUAAAGAGAAAAACCACGUAGUGCCCUUCCUCAAACGAGAAAAGGCUCCUGAGGACAGCUUGAAACUCCAGUUCAUACACGGUUACAGAGGCUACGACUGUAGAAACAAUCUGUUCUACACACAAGCUGGAGAAGUAGUCUACCACAUUGCUGCAGUUGCUGUCGUGUAUAAUCGGCAGCAGCACUCCCAGAGGCUGUACCUGGGGCACGAUGACGACAUUCUCAGCCUGACCAUCCAUCCCGUGAAGGACUAUGUGGCUACUGGGCAGGUUGGAAGAGAUGCUGCUAUUCAUGUGUGGGACACACAAACUCUAAAAUGUUUGUCGUUGUUGAAAGGACAACAUCAGAGAGGAGUGUGUGCACUUGAUUUUUCAGCCGAUGGAAAAUGUCUGGUGUCGGUUGGUUUAGACGAUUUUCACAGUAUUGUAUUUUGGGACUGGAAAAAGGGAGAAAAGAUAGCCACAACAAGAGGACAUAAAGAUAAGAUAUUUGUGGUAAAAUGUAACCCACACCAUGUUGACAAACUGGUUACAGUUGGGAUAAAACACAUCAAAUUCUGGCAACAAGCAGGUGGGGGCUUCACUUCUAAAAGAGGAACUUUUGGAAGCGUUGGAAAAUUGGAAACAAUGAUGUGUGUUUCUUAUGGACGAAUGGAAGAUCUAGUGUUCUCAGGAGCAGCUACUGGAGAUAUUUUUAUUUGGAAAGACAUUCUACUACUGAAGACAGUGAAAGCUCAUGAUGGGCCUGUGUUUGCUAUGUAUGCACUGGAUAAGGGCUUUGUAACAGGUGGAAAGGAUGGCAUCGUGGAGCUCUGGGAUGAUAUGUUUGAAAGAUGUUUGAAGACUUAUGCCAUUAAAAGAUCAGCAUUGUCGACUAGCUCAAAAGGCUUGCUUUUGGAAGAUAACCCUUCAAUUCGUGCCAUCACUUUGGGACAUGGACAUAUCCUGGUGGGAACAAAAAAUGGAGAGAUUCUGGAAAUCGAUAAGAGUGGCCCAAUGACACUGCUUGUUCAGGGGCACAUGGAAGGAGAAGUGUGGGGGUUGGCAGCUCACCCUCUCCUGCCCAUCUGUGCAACAGUGAGCGAUGAUAAAACACUUCGCAUCUGGGAACUAUCUGCCCAGCACCGUAUGCUGGCAGUACGGAAACUCAAAAAAGGUGGAAGAUGCUGUGCCUUUUCCCCUGAUGGGAAAGCCUUAGCGGUUGGCUUGAACGAUGGGAGUUUCCUGGUGGUAAAUGCUGACACUGUUGAAGACAUGGUCUCUUUCCAUCACAGAAAAGAAAUGAUCUCUGAUAUUAAGUUUUCAAAAGAUACGGGAAAAUACCUUGCCGUGGCAUCCCAUGAUAACUUUGUGGAUAUUUACAACGUACUUACAAGCAAAAGGGUUGGCAUCUGUAAAGGUGCUUCUAGUUAUAUUACACACAUUGACUGGGACUCUAGAGGAAAAUUAUUGCAAGUUAAUUCAGGUGCCAAAGAACAACUUUUUUUUGAAGCUCCAAGAGGCAAACGGCAUAUAAUAAGACCUUCAGAGAUUGAGAAGAUAGAGUGGGACACAUGGACCUGUGUCCUGGGGCCCACCUGUGAGGGAAUCUGGCCAGCACAUAGCGAUAUAACUGACGUAAAUGCUGCCAGUCUUACCAAAGACUGUUCCCUUUUAGCCACUGGAGAUGAUUUUGGUUUUGUUAAGCUUUUUUCAUAUCCUGUCAAGGUAAUAUUGCAUGUUUAUUAUCUUUACUUGCUCAGUCUCCUCAAUAACCUUAAAUCUAUCUAUUGUAUCUAAGUGCAUUUUUAAAAAUUUGAAGUCAUAAGCAAUUCACAUUAUCGGAGUAUUAUUUAUGCUGUAUAAAAACCUCCCUGACAUUGUGUUUGAGUGACUAAUUUCAGUGCAGUUCUCAUGGCGUAGAAUUCUACCUUGAAAGGCCUUCAGUGGUCACCAAAUCCAACAUCUCACAAACUGCAAAGUAAGUGGUACCUUUACAACCUCACAGACCAGUGCCUUUCUAACUUCCACUGGGAUACUUCCACAGAUGAGGAACUUAAUACCACACAGCACCCCAACUGAUUUUUAAAUACCUCCAAUUGUUAAAACGUUUUUCUCUAUGUUGAGCUGAAUUCUUUUCUUUCCUUUUU